AUACAAGUCAAUAUUCAACGGCCGUCGAUGUCUGAGGACGUUGGGAGAUGACGUGGAAACCGGCCACUAGGGGCAAUAGUGAGCACUGCUUACUUCAGGUAGGUUUCAGUUUCGCUAGUGUGUUGCUUACCCCCAUCCACCAUCCCUGUCAACAUCUACCUCUGAUUGCAAAUGUUGCAACUUCAAUUUCAGCGAUAAAACAGAAAUACCCCAAAACCUUCUAAGCCUAUCCCUAACCUUUACCCUUAAGAGUUAAUGCCUAACCUUAAAAUGUGGAAUUAAUGCCUACACUUGACCUUAAACACUUCAAAAUGUUAUGUUUUCAACAACUUUGACAUUUUACGUUUGAGAAACAUGGAUGAAUGUCUAUUUCUGAGAUGAGACUGUGAGAGCUAGUUGAGGGGCCCAGGGACAUUGGCUGGACAGGGCCACCACUUUUAACAGACAUACUAUUUAUCUCAACCCCACACAGUCAUCACAAAGUGUGUCAUCACCUGUCUUGUGGAAUAAGAGAAGGAGGCAGAGAAAGGGUUAUUCAUUUUUAAACAUUACUUUAUGAUCAAUUUAAACAUUCUUUGAUUAAUUUCUUACAGUACCUUUAUAGUCAGCUAUUCAUCUUGUAGCACGUUUCUUAGAUAUUACAUACUACAAUGGUCCUUGCGUAAUAAUUACAAUCCCAAAGAAGCUAAAAUGGUACUAUUAUCUGAAACAAACGCUGCAUGUGCAACGAGUGCGCUGAGAGUUGGGAAGCAAGUACAGGGAGUGAGUGUUUUAAUAAAUGAACUAAACAACAAACACGAAACACAAACAACGCACCGACAUGAAACAGAGUCAAUAACACCUGAGGAAUGAACCAAGGGGAGUGACAGAUGUAGGGAAGAUAAUCAAGGAGGUGAUGGAGUCCAGGUGAGUGUCAUGAGGCGCUUGUGCGCGAGACGAUGGUGACAGGUGUGCGGGAUAAUCAGCAGCCUGAUGACCUAGAGGCCGGAGAGGGAGUAUACGUGACAGUAUGUCUGUCUGUCUCUGUUCAGUGUAAACAAUAUUGAGCUCUAUUCAUUAUUGAUGAUAAUGUUGUCUGGUGCUUGUGCCUUGAGACUUUGUCUCUUUCUCACACACACUCUCACAUUCCAUCUUUCUCUGCUCUCUAUAUACACUCCUCUCUCUACGUUGUUCAAUCUAGCUCUUCUCGCUCUCUCUCGCUUUCGCUCGUUGAAAAGCUCUGAUUGCCGUGGCAACCUCUGUGUGUGAGUACUGGAGGGCUGUUUCAAAGAGGACUGAGUGUGUGUGCGACAGAGAGAGAGGAGACCUCUGGGGUAGUACUGAGGAUGCUGCUGGCUUCCUGGUUGUGUGUGUGGAUUACAGGAGCAGAGAGCAUCUCUUAGGGGUCCUUCCCAGACGUAGAGUGUAGAGAAGACCCUGGAAGUACCGUCAGUGUAUGGCUGGACUUCUGGCCCCUCCCUAUGGCGCCAUGGAAACUGGAUCCAACAAUGACAACAAAGACAGUCUAGGUUCAGAUCCUCUCAACUUCAUGAACAACAUCCUCAACAAGGUUCCAUCAGAGAAGCUGCAGCGAGGGGGGAAGGUGAUGCGGAACGCCAUCCUCUCCAGAGCUCCUCACAUGAUCAGAGACAGGAAGUACCACCUCAAGACAUACAGGUGUUUGCAGUGUUGUGUAGGUACAGAGCUGGUAGAGUGGCUGGUGCAGCAGAGUACCUGUGUACAUACUCGCUCUCACGCUGUGGGGAUGUGGCAGGUUCUGCUGGAGGAGGGAGUCCUGAACCAUGUGGACCAGGAGCUGGGUUUCCAGGACAAGUACCUGUUCUAUCGUUUCCUUGACGAUGAGGAGGAGCACACCCCAUUGCCUAGCGAGGAGGAGAAGAGGGAGAGUGAGGAAGAGCUGCCUGACACAAUCCUCUUCCUCACCCAGAUGGGACCUGAUGCCCUGCUGCGCAUGAUCCUCCGCAAACCUCCUGGUCAGAGGACGGGUGAUGAUCUGGAGAUCAUCUAUGAUGAGCUACUUCACGUCAAGGCCUUAUCCCACCUCUCCAACACUGUGAAGAGGGAGCUGGCGAGUGUUCUCGUCUUCGAGUCUCACGCCAAAGUAGGAACCGUGUUGUUUAACCAGGGAGAAGAGGGAACAUCCUGGUACAUCAUCCAGAAGGGCUCUGUCAAUGUGGUCAUCUACGGCAAGGGUGUGGUGUGUACCCUGCAUGAGGGGGAUGACUUUGGGAAGCUGGCGUUGGUGACUGAUUCUCCUCGAGCUGCCUCCAUCGUCCUCAGAGAAGACAACUGUCACUUCCUCCGAGUGGACAAAGAAGACUUCAACAGGAUACUCAGGGACGUGGAGGCAAAUACAGUGCGUUUGAAGGAACAUGAGCAGGCUGUUCUGGUCUUGGAGAAGAGUCCCAGAGCCUCCAGUCUGGGAAAUAUCAGGUACACUGUGUUGUCUGGAACCCCUGAGAAGAUCCUUGACCACUUCCUGGAGACUAUGAGGAUGGAUACACACCACUCUGACCCAAACCCUGCGGUAGAUGACUUUGUCCUCAUGCACUGUGUCUUCAUGCCUAACAGCCAGUUCUGCCAGCUACUCAUGGCACACUACCAUGCGGUGGCUCCCCCAGGCUCGGAGCAGGAGAGGUUGGAGUACGCUGUGACCUGUAAGAGACGAGUCCUCAAUCUGGCCCUGCGCUGGGCUGCAGUACACACACAUCACUUACAGGAGGAGCCAGCAGCACUCAUAUUCCUGGAGGAGCUGUAUGGGAGUGUGUCCAAUGACUCACGGAUCCUCAGAGCUCUGAAAGACUUUGUACCUGACUUGGAAAAGGUCGUCAAACUACAUUCAGAAGAGGCUAAAGUGAAAAAGCAGAAGGUCCUCACACAGUUCAGCAAUGGAGACGAGAAACUAGUGAAGACACAACCCAUCAGGAACUGUGACGACAUCCUGUUGAAGGUGUACUGCAGUGACCACACCUACACCACCAUCCGGGUUGCCGUAGCGGCCACAGGGAGUGAGGUGACCAGCGCUGUGGCCAACAAACUUGCCUCAAACGACGACCUGCUAUUGGUCCACCUCAGCUCCGCAGGCGAGAAGCAGAUGCUGAAGCCCAAUGAUGUGUCAGUAUUCUCCUCUCUGAGCAUCAAUGGGCGUAUGUUCGCCUGUCCCCGGGACCAGCUCAAUGCUCUGACCCCUCUCCCAGACCAGGAGGGGCCCUCAGCUGGGUCCAUGUCCAGUUUUGAGCUGAUGAGUUCUAAAGACCUGGCCUAUCAGAUGACCCUGUACGACUGGGAACUCUUCAGCUGUGUUCACGAGCAUGAGUUGUUGUACCACACGUUUGGCCGUCAGAGCUUCAGGAGAACCACAGCCAACCUGGACCUGUUUCUACGCAGGUUCAACCAGGUGCAGCUGUGGGUGGUGACGGAGGUGUGUCUGUGUGGUCAGCUUAGCAAACGGGUUCAGCUGCUCAAGAAGUUCAUCAAAAUCGCUGCUCACUGUCGGGAGUUUAAGAACCUGAACUCGUUCUUUGCCAUCAUCAUGGGUAUGAGCAACCCUGCAGUCAGCCGACUCGCUCAGACCUGGGAGAAACUCCCCAGCAAGUUCAAGAAGUUUUAUGCUGAGUUUGAGAGCAUGAUGGACCCGUCCAGGAACCACCGGGCAUACCGGCUGACCGUCACCAAAAUAGAGCCGCCAAUCAUCCCCUUCAUGCCCCUCCUCCUCAAAGACAUGACUUUUAGUCACGAGGGCAACAAGACAUUCAUAGACAACAUGGUCAACUUUGAGAAGAUGCGGGUGAUCGCAAACACCAUCCGGGCGGUGAGACACUGCAGGAGUCAGCCGUUCAACCCUGAGGUGUGUCAGCCCAAUAAGAACCAUGCUGAGGUGAGGGGUUAUGUCAGGAAGCUGUGUGUGAUUGACAAACAACGGACCCUGACAACAUUCUCUUAUAGGCUAGAGCCCCGCAGAACCUGAGCCUGCCCACCAUGCAGUUGUUACCCUCUAUGACAUCAUACAGAGCCUCUGUGUAAGAUCAAGUAACCUUCAUUGCUAUGACAUCAAAUGGCUUCACUGGGCCUCUGACAUCAUAUGGAACAGUCAGAUGUCUAUGACAUCACAUGGCAUUUUUAGCCCUCUAUGACAUCACACAGAACCAUCAGCCCUCUGUGAAAUCAUACAGAACACUUUGCCCUCUGUGACAUCAUAGUGAACCCUCAGCUCCUCUGUGACAUCACAUAGAAGAGAUAUGAUUUAGAGAUAAGAGACUCUUGAUUUCUCUGUUACGUGUAAGGUUACUCUAAAUGGAGAUAGAAAAAAGUAUUUAAAAAGAAACUGAAAAAAGUUACAACUAGAGGUUUUAAGUCUUAUUUACAUAUUAUUAUGUCCCUUACUUUGAGUAGAUGUAAAACAUAAGACAAAGUAUGUUACAAAUACCAAGAUCUUUACAUAAAGUAAUAUAGAGAAGGAAAAGCUCUAGCUUUGUUACGCAGUGUUCUGAAAAUUGUCCUAAAGUUGUUAUUAAUUUUUGCAUUAAAGCACAACUCAUGUAGCGUAUUGUUAUUCAAUUCAAAUCAGUCAUUUUUCUCAGUUGUGUUUUCUUCAUGUACUUUUUGUAAAUGUGGGUUCUAUACUGUAUAUUUAACUUGGACUAGAACUUGUUUUACCUCAUCAUGAUGUCAGUGGGUUGAGAGCAUAUAGUCUGUCUGAACUGUAAAUAAAAAUAUCUAAUCAAAACAUCA